AUGAUACUCACCACCAUAUUCUUUCUCCUUCAAACGACGGUUGCCAAAGAUGAACCAGUUUUCAUCAAAAACAGCGAGGAUAUUUGCCUCGAACCAUUGGAUCCCGGACCAUGUCAAUAUUAUCAGAUACAAUGGUUUUGGGAUGAAAUUGCGCAGGAUUGUAAAGAGUUCCACUACGGAGGUUGCAUGGGAACGAAGAACCGAUUUGCCAGUAAACAGCAAUGCUUGAAACAGUGCAGAUAUAAAUUAUUCAACCCAGUCGCAGUUCCCGAUCUUUGCCUUCUCGAUGCUGACCAAGGGCAUUGUCCCGAUGAAAGGAAUGGUCAUUGGUGGUAUUUCUUCAAUUCGGAAUCGGGCGAAUGCGAGAAAUUCUUCUACUAUGGAUGCGGCGGAAAUGACAAUAAAUUCUACAGCCUUCAGAUGUGUCGAAAAGUUUGUGCCGAACGAUUGUCCCCACAAAUAGCGUGCGAUCAAUGUGAUAUUCGCACCUCGUUCUGCAAAUCGCAUUCGAAAUUCAAUUACACUUGUGAGUGUCGAAGUGGGUAUCAGAAGAACGAAUACGGUGAAUGCAUCGACAUUGAUGAAUGUCGAGGUUUCAAAGGAGUGUGCGAUCGAAACGCCUGGUGCGUGAAUGAGAUCGGCUCAUAUCGAUGCGAGUGCAUGGCGGCAUAUCGAGGCGACGGCAAAUAUUGCACCUACGUAGGAUUGGGAAGAGCUUCCAUUGACUGCAAAGGGUGUUCGCCGUUUGCAACAUGCAAUAAUGGUGUGUGCCAGUGCAAGGAAGGAUAUGAAGGAGAUGGAUUUAAUUGCACCGACGUGAAUGAAUGCCUUCGUCGUCCGGAAAUAUGCGACAAGAAUGCGGAAUGUUUGAAUAGAGAAGGCAGCUUCAUCUGCACAUGUCUACCAGGUUAUGCCGGAAAUGGUUACAACUGUACACUAUCCAAAAAUGCAUGUCUUGAUAAAUUUGAUCAUGAUUAUAAAGACACAUGCGGAAACGAGAAUUGGCGGCCACAUUUCUUUUAUAAUCAUGAGACCCGAAUGUGCGAACAAUUUUGGUAUGAUGGUUGCAAAGGUCGAUCAAGAAACAUUUUCUCCGAGUAUGACACAUGCUCAACAAUGUGCGAAGAGACAAAUGUGCUCACACGAGCUGAAGUGUGCUGGGACAAAUUCGACAUGUACUAUAGGAAUCAAUGUUUGAAUGGACGCUGGGAGCAACGCUAUUAUUUUGAUCAUGCAUCGCUAACGUGUCGCCAAUUUUGGUAUGAUGGUUGUAGAUCGGAUUCGCGCAACAUCUUCGACGACCAUUUGACCUGCCAGUGGUUGUGUGAGUCACAGCCAAUGUAUAAAUCAAGAGCCUGCUUGGAGGAUUUCGAUGAAGGACUCAAAAAGGAAUGCAAUGGAGGACGAUGGAGACAACAAUAUUAUUUUGAUAAGAAGACAAAGAAAUGUCACCCAUUUUGGUAUGACGGCUGCAAAGGGGCGAAUGAAAAUAUAUUCCAAGACGAAUUGAGUUGUCUUCACACAUGCGAGAAUCCGGCAAGCAAAGAUCCGUUGAAACCAUGGCAUAACAACGAUAAAUUCAAAAUGAAAGAGAUUUUGACUGAAAUGCAUAAGCCGAAUUUGACCGAUAUUUGUGCCACGAAAAAUCCGUGCAAAAACAAUGGAACUUGCAUUUUCUCAUGGAGGAAAGAUCAACAUUUUUGCAAAUGCCAUCCAGGAUUUCAUGGAAAUAAUUGCGAGAAAGUCGUAGACUUCGACCCAUGUGCUGAAAAACCGUGCAUGAAUGGCGCCACGUGUCAGCCGAAGUACAACGACGAGGAUGUCGAUGAGAAACCAACGUUUGAAUGCUUUUGUGCUUCUGGAUUCGGUGGUCCGAAAUGUGAUGAAAGACCAUGCGAAACGAAUCCCUGUUUGAAUAAUGGAACAUGCCGGACCACUAAAGGCUACAGCACCUACUUUUGCGAGUGCGCUCAAGGAUUUGGCGGCAAAAAUUGUGAUGUUGCCAUAAGUAACACACCGCCUGAAGAGAAAUAUGGAAAGAAUGUGGAGAAAAUCUCGAGCGGAAAAGAAGAAUGGAUUGCACAGAUGAAGCAGAGAUUGAGGGAGACUGGCGGAGGAAUCGGAAGUGGAUCAGGCAAAGGGAUGAAUUCGAUGAAGAGCUCGGAAGUGAAUGGAACGACAUCGGGCGAGAAGAAGUCGGGAGAAAAGAAGAAGUCGAAAGUGACACAAGUCGCAGAUGAGCCAUAUAAAGAUCCGGCAACACGAAAACGCGAACGAGAGGAACGAGAGAGGAAGGAGAAAGAGCGAAUGGAGGAGGAAGAGGAGCAGAGAAAAAAGGAGGAAGAAGCGCGAAUCGAAAAAGAAAAAGCUGAACUUGAAUUGAAGAUGAAACUUGAAAAAGAGAAGGCGAUGAAUAGCGACUCGAAAUAUCAAAUUAUUCUUUCGUCCGUCAUUUCCAUAUUUUUGAUAAUCUAA